UGCGUCAGAGAGAGUUCUCUUAUCGAUUGGCUGCUCCCUGUGCAACGAGGAGGCGUACGUUAUAAAAUAGACACUUUUAAGGAAUUUCACAGACAUUUAGUGGGUUAGUGGAGGCUGGCUAAAAGAUUCUCCCGUACAGAUUUCAUCAAUCUCAAGUGAAGAACAUGCAGAGCUGCGCUAAAUCCUGGCGUGUCAUCAUCAGCAGGUCGAUGAACGCUCGCGCGCCGUAUAGGAGUAUCAGCAGUAAAGGGGAUGUUUUUAAGAAACUUCAGCGUUUAACCGCAGAUGUGUCUGCAAAUGUGCGGUGUAUGGGCACCUCACACGUCUUGUGAUCUAGGAAGAUUGAACGAAUCCUGCCGAGACACGAUGAUUUUUCUGAAAGACACAUUGGACCGGGUGACAAAGAAAAAAGAGAGAUGCUUAAUACCCUUGGACUUGAGUCAAUUGCUCAGCUUAUAGAAAACACAGUUCCCCCAUCCAUCCGCCUGGGAAGAAGUUUGAAAAUGGACGAUCCUGUGUGUGAGAAUGAAAUUCUUGAUUCGCUCCAAAAGAUUGCGUCGAGGAACAAGAUGUGGAGGUCCUAUAUUGGAAUGGGUUAUUAUAACUGCUCCGUCCCACCAGUCAUACAAAGAAACCUGCUAGAGAAUUCGGGAUGGGUGACCCAGUACACCCCCUACCAGCCUGAGGUCUCUCAGGGGCGCCUGGAGAGCUUGCUCAAUUAUCAGACCAUGGUCUGUGAUAUCACGGGAAUGGCAGUAGCCAAUGCGUCAUUGCUGGAUGAAGGUACUGCUGCUGCUGAGGCCAUGCAGCUCUGCAAUAGACAAAACAAAAGAAGAAUUUUCUACAUUGACCCACGCUGCCAUCCACAGACUAUUGCAGUUGUGCAAACCAGAGCCAAUUACAUUGGUGUGAAGACUGUUCUCAAGCUUCCUCAUGAGAUGGACUUCAGUGGGAAGGAUGUUAGCGGGGUGCUCUUCCAGUAUCCAGACACUGAGGGCAGAGUGGAAGAUUUCACUGCACUUGUUGAUCGGGCUCACAAGGGUGGCGCACUGGCUUGCUGUGCCACAGACUUGCUGGCGCUCUGUGUGUUGCGUCCUCCGGGUGAGUUUGGAGUGGACAUCACCUUGGGCAGCUCUCAGCGCUUUGGGGUGCCUCUCUGCUAUGGUGGGCCUCAUGCUGCACUCUUUGCAGUCAAAGAAAAUCUUGUUAGGAUGAUGCCAGGAAGGAUGGUCGGAGUGACCAGAGAUGCAGCUGGUAAAGAGGUUUAUCGUCUGGCUCUCCAGGCCAGAGAGCAGCACAUCCGCAGGGACAAAGCCACCAGCAACAUCUGCACUGCCCAGGCUCUUCUUGCAAACAUGGCUGCCAUGUAUGCGUUGUAUCAUGGUCCUCAGGGAUUGAGGCACAUUGCAGAGAGAACACACAAUGCAACGUUGAUUCUCGCAGAGGGGCUGAAAAGAGCAGGGCACAAACUCCAACAUGAGAACUUCUUUGACACGCUAAAGAUCAACUGUGGUGUGGCCGGCAAGGACAUCUUAGAAAAAGCUAUGCUGCGGGAGAUAAACUUACGGGUGUACAGUGAUGGGCUGCUUGGAGUGUCUCUGGAUGAAACUGUCACCGAGAGAGACUUGGACGAUCUGCUCUGGAUCUUCGGUUGUGAAUCCUCAGCUGAGCUUAUUGCUGAGAAAAUGAGUGAACGAACAAAAGGAUUGCUGGCAAGCCCUUUCAAGAGAACCAGCAAAUUUCUUACCCAUACAGUGUUUAACAGUUAUCACUCAGAGACCAAUAUUGUACGUUACAUGAAGCGCCUGGAAAAUAAGGAUAUUUCCCUCGUACACAGUAUGAUUCCUUUGGGUUCGUGCACAAUGAAGCUGAACAGUUCCUCAGAGCUCAUGCCGAUCACCUGGAGAGAAUUUGCAAACAUCCACCCUUUCGUGCCACUGGAUCAGGCUGAAGGUUAUCAGCAGCUCUUCAGACAGCUGGAGAGAGACCUUUGUGAGAUUACAGGAUAUGAUAAGAUAUCCUUUCAACCAAAUAGUGGUGCGCAGGGGGAAUAUGCAGGCUUGGCUGCAAUCAAAGCCUACCUAAAUUCCAAAGGAGAAUCUCACAGAACAGUUUGUCUGAUUCCCAAAUCUGCUCAUGGAACAAACCCUGCCAGCGCUCAGAUGGCAGGCAUGAAGGUUCAGGUGGUGGAGGUGGAUAAAGAUGGCAACAUUGAUGUGUCUCACCUUAAAGCCAUGGUGGACAAACACAAGGCCAACUUGGCUGCCAUUAUGAUCACAUACCCCUCCACUAAUGGUGUGUUUGAGGAGAAUGUGAGUGAAGUGUGUGAGCUCAUCCAUCAGAACGGCGGACAGGUGUACCUGGAUGGUGCCAACAUGAACGCACAGGUUGGAUUAUGUCGGCCAGGAGACUAUGGCUCAGAUGUGUCUCACCUAAAUCUCCAUAAAACCUUCUGCAUUCCUCACGGUGGUGGCGGUCCUGGGAUGGGACCAAUAGGAGUGAAACAGCAUCUCGCUCCCUUCCUGCCCAGUCAUCCAGUGGUGAACAUGCAGUCCAGUAAUGCAGGAAGUUCUCUGGGCACCAUCAGUGCCGCUCCCUGGGGCUCCAGCGCUAUCCUGCCCAUCUCAUGGGCUUACAUUAAGAUGAUGGGUUCAAAGGGACUUGCUCAUGCUACAGAGGUGGCCAUCCUUAAUGCUAAUUACAUGGCUAAAAGACUGGAAAACCACUACAAAAUUCUUUUCAGGGGCUCUAAAGGAUUCAUUGCUCAUGAAUUUAUUUUGGAUGUGCGGCCUUUCAAAAAGUCGGCAAACAUUGAAGCAGUUGAUGUAGCAAAAAGACUGCAAGAUUAUGGUUUUCAUGCACCGACCAUGUCAUGGCCUGUGGCUGGUACUCUGAUGAUCGAACCCACGGAGUCUGAGGACAAGGCUGAGCUCGACCGCUUCUGUGACUCGCUGCUGGCCAUCCGGCAGGAAAUCGCAGAAAUCGAAGAGGGCCGGAUGGACUCAAGGGUUAAUCCACUCAAGAUGGCUCCUCACUCACUGGCCUGUAUUACCUCUACCACAUGGGACAGACCUUACUCCAGAGAGUAUGCUGCUUUCCCCAUGCCUUUCGUGAGACCUGAGACCAAGUUCUGGCCCACAAUUUCAAGGAUCGAUGACAUCUACGGUGACCAACAUCUCGUCUGCACUUGUCCACCCAUGGACGUCUACGAGUCGCCAUAUGAAGAAAGGGCUUCAUCGUGACCUCAUUACUCGUCAUCCAAAUGAAUCAUUCCUAUCAAAUAUUAUCAUUUAUUCUUCCCUGUGAUUACACUCUCUUCACAACGUUCAUGGUGCCUCAUAUUUCCUUUUGCACACAAUGCACAAAUACCUGGCCUCUCCUCUGUUACUCUACUAAAACUAUCCAAAUCUGAUUCAGAUACUGUAAUCGACCUGUAUAAGGGGUCAUUUUUUUCUGUUGUUUUUAUAUUUUUAUUCACUGUAUAAAAAAUAUUUGGUUUGUUUGUAGGCAUAAAUUACUGGCACUGUUCUCAGUGUUAACAUUCAUUUUAUAGAUGUAAUGUAAUGUAAGUUUUCUAAUUAUUUAAGAAAUCGAGCCUGUUUGUAGCAAUUUAAUAAAUAUUUUAAGAGGAAUAUUUACUGGUUUACAUGAUGUUUCCAUCAAUGGUAUUAUUCUAAGUCAUACAACCAGCAUGCGUUCUAACUUGAAAUGGAGUUAAGUUGUGUUUCACUCUGAUGAUCAUUUCUCUUUUUCCAUAAGUUUCCAGUCACUAUUCCUAAAAAUAAAAGUAGUCCAAGGUUUCGGUUUGAAGCAAAUUUUUUCCAGCAGUCCUCAGGUCUGUUGAUGUCCACAGCGUAGAUCUGUGGAACACAGAAUAAAUGACUGUCAAAGUAAAAAAAAUAUAUAUAUUUUUUUGUAAUAUAUUGCUUAUUUAAGAGUGUUUUUUUUUUUUUUUUUUUUUUUUCAGCAAGUAUAAAUUCUUUUUUUUUUUAUUGUUUUCAGCAAAAAAUGAUAUGCAAUUAAUUAAUCUGAUGUAUCCUAUAAUUUAAUUUAGAUUUUUUUUAAAUGACUGAUAAGCCAAAGUUUUUUCUUCAGAAGGCUUUAUUUAUUUUCUUGUGACCCCAGGCAGGCUACUACUAUCAAGUACAGUCUAUCUUGCUCACCUGAUGUGCUAGAUGAAUGGCUACUGCAGACACUGCACAAUAGUAGGGCAAAGUCUGGUCAGCAUUAGCUCCUGCUAGAACCAGCCCUGACAGCAUCGCCCCAGUAAAGCCACUCAGCCACAGUUUGGUGUUCUCCUGAAACCUCAGAGCUGUGGACUUCACACCCACUUUUAAAUCAUCAUCUUUGUCCUACUCCAGAAGAGAAAAUGGAUCACUAAAUAUACAAUAUGCACACAAUUACUGUAUGUUGGGGUGUGAUAUUAACUAAUCAGAUACUGUACCUGAUGGGCAUAGAUUGUGUCAUAAAUCAAUGUCCACAUGACACCAGAUACAUAGAGAGGUAAACACACCGACCAGUCACAUGAUCCCUUCACAGCAGACCAACCCAGAAGAGCGCCCCAAUUAAAAGUGAGACCUA